GGCUUAUAUCUAGAUCGUGUCUAACUCUUUCUUUCUGAGUCCUAUGCUAUACAAGCAAGAGCGUUUUGUUUAGGAAAAUACGCACGACAACCGAUAAUGUCUGGAAGAGGAAAAACCGGAUCAAAGGCCCGUGCCAAGGCAAAGACCCGCAGCUCCCGUGCUGGUCUGCAGUUUCCCGUCGGCCGUGUCCACCGUCUCCUCCGCAAAGGUAACUACGCUGAGAGAGUCGGCGCCGGAGCACCUGUGUAUCUGGCUGCCGUCCUGGAGUACCUAACCGCUGAGAUCCUGGAGUUGGCCGGCAACGCCGCCAGGGACAACAAGAAGACCCGUAUCAUCCCUCGCCAUCUCCAACUGGCUGUUCGCAAUGACGAGGAGCUGAACAAACUGCUCGGCGGUGUGACCAUCGCCCAGGGGGGUGUCCUGCCCAACAUCCAGGCCGUCCUGUUGCCCAAGAAGACCGGCCAGUCUGCACCGAGCUCCGGCAAGGCGGGAAAGAAGGCCUCCUCUCAGUCACAGGAGUAUUAGCUUGUUGGCUAAUAACUUUCACCCCAACGGCCCUUUUAAGGGCCACCCCACCUCCAACUGGAAGAGCAACGUUCCUCGUUUAUCGCUGCCUUGUUACUUUUCGCUUGGUUUUUAAUUUAAUAAACGCUUGUUUU